AUGACGUCAGCAGGCGGCGCCGGGGCCAUGGCGGCCGCGCCGGGCCCGCGGGCCGGGGCUGAGGCCGAGCAGCGGCGACGGCUGCUGCGCUCCGUGACCCGGCUGCAGGUGCGGGACCCGCCCGGGGGAACGCGGGGGCACCUCCGUGAGGGCACCCCCGGUCGGGCCCCCCGGGCUCGGGGAUGCUGCAGCCGGCGCUGCCGCCCGUGCUGGGCCGCGUUCGGUGCCGGUGCCGGUGCCCGGCUGGGUUCCAGCGGUGCCCCCGGGCCGUGCCAGGCCUGUGCCCGGGGGUUCCUGCUGCGGAGGCGGCUGCGCGGCGUGCGGGAGGAGUUCGAGGCCGCCGUGCUGGAGAUCGAGGGCGACCUGAGGCAGCUGCGCUGGAGCGGCCGCGUUCUGCUGCGGCCGCGCUUCGGCCCCGAGCUCCGGGAGCCCCGGGAGAGCGGCACCGGCAGCGGGAACAUCCCGGGAAGCGGGGCCCGAGCCCAGCCCUCUCCGGGGAAUCCCUUGGAUCCAGGCGAGGCUGCAGAGAACAAAACCAUUCCCAGAAAAACCCGGGAGAAGCCGAAUCCUCGUGGGGCAGAGCGGGCUGGGAGCUGUGGGACCAUCCCCCCCUCAGCCCCCCGGCCCCGGGGGACAACCCCAGACCCCAAAAACCCCAAAAAAAACCCAGAUUUGGGGCCAGGUGCUGCUGAAAGCCCCGAGGAGGAGGAGGAGGAGGAGCUGGGAGCCAGCCCAGGAAUCCCAGAGGAGCUGGCGGCGCUGCCCCGGGCGGAGCUGGAGUCCCUCAGGAAAGAUCUCCUGCUGGAGCUGCUGUGGGUCCAGCAGGCCGUGGCCAGCAGGAAACACUUCCUGCAGCUGAAGCAGACCCUGGGUGUCCCUGCCCCCCCCGGCAGCAUCGCCCCAUUCCUGCCCCGCUGUGCAGAGGCCCUGGAGCUGCAGCAGCCCUGAGGGGACAGGGCCAGCCCUGGUGGCACUGCAGGAAAAUGAAGGAAAUCCUUCCGUGGAUGUGAGCAGGACUGAACCCCGUCAGCCGUGGGCAGUGUCCUGCAGGGAUCCAUCCCAUCCCAUCCCAGGAGAUCCCUGCUGUGCCCGAGCUGCAGCCAGGUGGGACAUCAGGACUGUCACUCGCUGCGGGUGGAGCUGGAGCUGCAGGAAGGAGCUGUUCCCACAGAACUCUGGGGAUUCCACGUGGAGUCUGUGUUUGGGGUGGCUCUGCAGUGUCCAGGGUGUCCCAGGGGAUUUUUGGGAGCGCUGGAGUGCUGAGUGGGGAGGGAGAACCGUCCCUGAUCCUUGGCAUGAGGCUCAUUCCUGCCUUUCUGCCUCUGGGGAUUCUCUCCUGGGCCAGAGGCAGGAAAGGACCUGGUGCUUGGUCAAUUCCGUCAGCUCAGGGACACCCCAGGUUCCUCAAGGACAUCCUGGGUCCCUCAGCUCAGGGACAUCCCAGGUCCCACAGGGACACCCCAAGUCCCUCAGACAGGGACAUCCCCAUGGUGCUGUGCUUCCCCACCCUGACCCCUCUGCAGAUGUGGAUCCUUCUGCUCUGGAAUUCUUUUUAUUUUUUGAGAAUAAAAAAAUCUUUUCCUGA